AUGCUAGGAUGUCUUCGCAUGACGGUCAACGAAUGUGAAGAGGCGUACAUUCGUCUUGCAAAAACAAUUUUCAAGCCGAAACGAUGGAAAUACAACGCCUUCAGCCGUGGUGUCGAUUUCUUCUCCGCCAGCGAACGGUACGACUCAUCAAAAUUGGAAAGUGUGGUCAAAGAAAUCAUCAAAGCACGAACGGGUAGUGAGAAGACCCCAUUGAGUAAUUUUGCCGAGAACGGUGUCGGCAAAGUUGUCCCCGAGCUUGGAGGCGUGGAUCUGGGAAACCACAAGUUGAUGGGCAUGGUCCGCACGAACACGGAACGCCAUCUACGAGAAGCAGCAACAGAAAAAUACGUCACAGCAUGUGCCAAGAAGAUGGUGGAAAUCGAGUCGGGUGAAUAUGUAAAAGCUCACGCGGAGAAGGCUUCGUCACUACGUUUAGAAGACCUGUCAGACUCCGAGAAGGAUUGCCUGCGUAGUCUCCAUGCGACCAGCGGGGACUACGAAAGCCAGAGGAUUGGUAUUGAGAAGCCUGUCCCAGGGACCUGCCAAUGGUUCCUGCGUCACCCCAAAUUCGCCGACUGGGUUCAGAGCACAUCGUCUUCUCUUCUCUGGGUAACGGCAAAUCCUGGGUGCGGCAAAUCGGUGCUUUCCAGCUUCCUCGUGGACGCCCUGAGCCAGGACAAAAAUCAGUCCAUCGUGUGCUCCUUCUUCUUCAAGGCUGGCGUCGACAGUCGCCGAGACUCCCACCAGGCUCUAUGCGUCCUGCUUCAUCAGCUCUUCGUCGCCGCCCCGGAACUGGUCAACGUAGCGAUGGAGGAUUAUUCUAGCAAGGACAAGUCGUCUUUCACCAAGGAUCUUGAAGCGCUCUGGGCGGUGUUUCGCACCUCUGCCAGCCGUCUCCACGACCGCAAGAUUAUCUGCGUCGUCGAUGCCCUAGACGAGUGCUCUGAUGAGUCCAGGGAUCGCUUCAUCAGCCAACUCGUCGGGUCGUUCUCAACCAGCAACUCCGAGAAACAUGCCGGCAACCUAAAGUUCCUUGUGACAAGUCGGCCGUGGCCCAGCAUCGAGAGCCGCUUCCGGAACUUGCUUUCAAUCCGGUUACGAGGAGAGAACGAAUCAUUUUCGCUGUCCAGAGACGUGGAAAGAGUUGUCGAGCAUCGUGUGCGGGAGCUCAAACUGUCGUCCGCACUCUCCGAGGAUGCUAGCACAAUGGUAACCAAAGCUCUGACCGAAGGGGCAGAUCGUACGUUCCUGUGGGUUUCACUGGUGUUUGACGCCAUUGAGCGACUUCAGUCGCGGAAACUCAGUUCCAUCGCAAAAUCAUUGGAUUCCUUACCCGAUGAUCUUGACCAGCUUUACGAAAGCGCCUGGGCAGCCUUUAUCGACCACGAAGCCUCGCAUAAGUUACUCGGAAUCAUCCUCGCUGCUAAUCGCCCUCUCAAGCUAGAAGAGGUCAAUAUCGCUCUCAGUUUAGGGAUGAAUAUUACUUCUUUAGAAGGUCUCGAGCAAGAGCUUGAGCCCGACGCAGAAUAUACAAUCAAGCAGCUAGGAGGAUUCUUCAUCCGAAUCAUUGACUCUACAGUAUUCCUCGUGCACCAAACUGCACGCGAAUUUCUGCUUGGCUCUAGAGCAGACGCUGCGAGGAAGGAGGGGAAGACAAGGAUCCAACUGGCCGUGGCAGAGUCUGACUUGGGCGGAAGUUGCGUCAGACUCCUCGCGCUCGAUGGACUUCCGAAGAGACGCAGCCUACCUAUGGCAGAGGGGGAGCGAGUCGAGUCGAACAAAGCGUUCAUUACCGAUUUACCUUCCUGGGUAAGAAGCUUUUACAUGUACGCUUCAAAGUACUGGACAGAACACCUCAGAGGCAACUCGUUGCCCGAGUCCAAGUCCAGCAUUGGUCUAACCGUGAAAACGAUUUGCGAUUCUUCGAAGCCAUUCUUUCGUGGUUGGUGGUAUUUCUACGCUGAAAGAGAUUUCUUCUAUGCGGGUAAUGAUGCGAAGACUAUGCAAGGCUAUAUGGGUCGUUAUCACGCGCACUAUACGACAAUGAGGCAAGACUUUGUCGCCACAAGAGGGCUGCUUGAGGCGGCUCCACAAGUCUUUGGCGGCCGCAUCUAA